CGGCAGAGUGUUGACCAUUGUUCGCGAUAUCGACUUUUUCCCGUGUCGUUUGCCUUGUCGCCGUUCGCUUUUCAUACUCCUUUUCACUCGCUGUCUGUUUGUCGGAGUCGUCUUGUGCAAUUAGCCAGGACCUUUUUUGUUCUCUCACAGCGGCAUUGUUGAAGCGCAUCUACUAUUCUACGCCGCGUCUCACCCCUCCACAAAAUAUAAAUCAUGUCGGCUCCCGAGCAACAAUCGUCGAGUCUGCCUUUCGGCCAAAACAUCUCUCUGGGAGACAUCAGCGGUCCCACGUACCUGACUGCUCAGACUCUGGUUCAGCAGGUUGCAUACACGCUCUCGGACAAGAUCUUCUCCUAUUCGCCCGAGACCUUCGACCUUGAUGUCGCGGCAAAGAGCUGGGAAAGUGCUGGAGAGCAGAAUGCUCACGGCUACAAGACUGGUCUCGCGUCUAUGGAGACUCGCUCCGGUGCUGGCUCCAUCGCCCUCGGAUACAUGUUCUCCAAAGACUUUGACCUGAAGAAGCGCCACAUCCCUCAAUCCAUCGUCGCCUCGUCUGGCUCGCUCGUCCACUUGCGCUCUGCCCUCGAUCAAUUGGCCCUUCUCUACAACGUCGCCAACCCCACCGUCGUUCACGUUGCUGCUGUUGACUAUGCCGCCAACUCGUCCACUGGUCUCGUCACCGACUACGUCUCGGCCCUUCGCCUUGCUGAGGAGCUCGGCCUGGGUCUGGUCGCCAGCGCUUCCACUUACGAGAUGCAGCACAUGUCGCUGUUCGCAACCCUGAUGGCCUCGAUCGUUCCGUCCCUGCACGUAUAUGACGGCAUCACUGUCGGCAGAGAGACCACCAGAAUCAUCGACGUCCUCGACAAGUCCGGCCUCAAGAAGACUUACGACGCCAUUUUGGCCGACUCGUCUCUCACCGAGAAGAAGCACUCCGACAAUGAAGGCAGAGUCAGCCGUCUCUUGAAGGCCUUCAACAACGAGCUGGGUACCGAGUACAAGCUGUUCGAGUACUCUGGUCAUGCCGAGCCCGAAUCCGUCCUGGUUGUUUUCGGAACCGUUGAGGCUUCCCUGGCCUCGCAGAUCGCCCGCGCACUGUCUGAGAAGGGUGUCAAGAUUGGUGUCAUUAACGUCCGUGUUUACCGUCCCUUCGUUGAGGAAGAGUUCCUCGAGGUUCUAGCUCCCUCCGUCCAGAACAUUGCUGUCCUCGGCCAGGUCCUUGACCAGGCUGCUGUCACUGAUGAGAGCCAACACUCCAACCUCUACAGCGACGUUCUUGCUGCCCUCAGCUUUGCCUCGCUCAACAAGACACCCGCUGUCUUCGACAUCAAGUAUGCCAGAGAGCAGGUCUGGACACCCACUUCGGUCGCAGGCCUCCUCCAGCAGAUUGGCCAAAAGAUCGACCACGCUCCCACCGACGAAGAGCGCUUCGAGAUGCCCACUGGUGAUGUGCAGCAGUACACCUUCUGGGAUAUUGACAGCUCCAAGGCUGCUUCUGCUCCUCUCAUGAUUGGUCAGCUCUUGUCUGGUGACUCCAAGCUCAACGUUAGCGUCCGCAGCGGCCACGACAACCUCGCCGCUGGCGGUGCUAUCCGCACUGACAUCAGAACUUCGGCCAAGUCUAUCGAGGCUGCUUACUCUGUCAGCUCUGCCGACAUUGCUAUCGUCAACGACUCUAGCCUGCUGAAGAGCUUCGAUGUCAUCAAGUCUGUCAAGGACGAGGGUAUCGUCGUUGUUAAGCUCGCUGAUGUCAAGGAGGACGAGAUUGAGAAGCAUCUUUCUUCCGAGGUCCGCAAGGCUCUGGCCUCCAAGAAGAUCCAGCUUUUCGCCCUCAACACCGCUGCUUCUGCUAAGGUCGAGGAGCAGCCCGAGUUGGAGAGCUACCUGGUUCAGCUCGCUUUCCUCAAGCUUGCCCGCAGCGACCUCUACGAGACUGGUGUCAAGAAGCUUGCUGGCGGCAACGAUGCCCUCGAGGCUCUUUCCAAGGAGAUCGACGAAGUCAUUCGCAAGGUCGAGAUCCCCGAGUCUUGGCUCACUGUUGAGUCUGAGACCAAUCAGCCCCUGCCUAUGCCCGAGGACCUGAACAUCAACAGCUUCAUCAAGUUCGACAAGGAGGAGCCCGAGGAGGCUUACCUGCUCAGAGACUGGGAGAAGGUUGCCAAAGGUCUUGCCUUCAAGGAGGCAUACGGUACCCAGAACGCUCUACGUCCCGACCUCAGCGUCAAGACUGCUGUUGUCACCGUCAAGGAGCGUCGCCGUCUCACUCCUAGAACUUACGACCGUAACAUCUUCCACAUUGAGUUUGACCUUGGCGAGACCGGUCUCACCUAUGCCAUCGGCGAGGCUCUUGGUAUCCACGCCGAGAACGACAAGACUGAAGUCGAGGAGUUCAUCAAGUGGUACGGUCUUAACCCUGAGGAGGUCGUCGAGGUUCCUUCUCGCGAAGAUGCCCAGAUUCUCGAGAACCGUACUGUCUACCAGGCUCUGCUACAGAACGUUGACAUCUUUGGACGUCCCCCUAAGCGCUUCUACGAGGCUCUUUCGGAGUAUGCCGAUGACGAGGCCGAGAAGACUCAGCUUCUCCUGCUUGGUACUGGUGGCAACCAGGAGGCUCAGGUGGACUUCAAGCGUCGCGCUGAGGUCGAUACUGUCACUUACGCCGAUCUUUUGCUUGAGUUCCCCUCUGCUCACCCUUCGUUCCACGACAUCGCUCGUCUUGUUGCCCCCAUGAAGCGCCGUGAGUAUUCUAUCGCUUCUUCGCAGAGAGUCACCCCCAACAGCGUUACCCUCUGUAUCGUUACCGUCAACUGGGUUGACCCCAAGGGUCGCGACCGCUUUGGUCAGGCCACUCGUUACCUCGAUGCCCUCGAGGUCGGCAAGCCCGUCACCGUUUCCGUCAAGCCUUCGGUUAUGAAGCUUCCCCACAAGUCCACUGCCCCCAUCAUCAUGGCUGGUCUUGGUACGGGUCUUGCUCCCUUCCGCGCCUUUGUUCAAGAGCGUGCCUGGCAAAAGGAGCAAGGCAUGGAUAUCGGUGCUGUCAUGCUUUACAUGGGUUCUCGUCACCAGAAGGAGGAGUACCUCUACGGUGAGGAAUGGGAGGCUUACCAGGAUGCUGGUAUCAUCACCCACAUGGGCUGUGCCUUCUCCCGUGACCAACCUGAGAAGAUCUACAUUCAGGACCGCAUGCGCGAGACCCUGAAGGAGAUUCGCCAGGCCUACCUCCGUGACGAGGGUGCCUUCUACCUUUGCGGUCCUACUUGGCCCGUACCCGAUGUCACCAAUGUCCUUGAGGAGGCCAUUGAAGUCGAGGCCAAGGAGACCGGUAAGAAGGUCGACCCCCGCAAGGUCAUUGACCAGCUCAAGGAUGAGGAGAGAUACGUUCUCGAGGUCUACUAGAUGCAACAACUUGUUGCUUGGAAAAAUGUCUUUGGAAAUUCUCUGUACAUAAAAUAGAAUUUGUAAACAAAAAUCGUGACUUGAUAGAACACAGUUAUUGCAUGAUCUCGAUCCAUUUGCCCAAC